GCGCCCUUGACCAGGUUGCAAGUGGAUCGACGGCGGGACCGACGAUGCAGUCGUUCUACCGGCGCUACGCUCACGAGGUCGAGUCGAAGGACGACUUGCCGCUGUCGGGGUCUCCGUUGCAAGACCUUAUUAUCCCGACAACCCUUUCUCCCCCCACAUAUCCGGUGCCGGAUGAUGCGAUGAUCCACGCCGAAGAGAUCAUGCGAGGAAGCUGCGAAAGCUACCCGUCCGAUUGCGAAAGCAUGUGGGACUCGUCGCGCAGCCUCACUGAAGGUACCCUGACGCCGUCGUCGUUGUCGGAUGUACUGGCGUCCCAGCGCAGUAUCUUCCACGACAUGCAGGCACAGCAACCGCUCACCGCCUCAUCAACUGUUGAGAGCAUGCUGCUGCUUGAAACCAUGUCGGCACAGGAUGUUACCGCUAUCCUGGACGAGUCGUCGACUAUAGUGCCACCUCAAGCGACCAUCUUGGUUGAGGGCGAUCCGCAAAGGUCGCGCCAAGCUCAAUCUCGAUGGGCGCAGCAGGUGCGGCUCAAGGCAGCACGGUUUCUGUACGAACAAACUCAAGCCGCCAAAGCUAAGGUGACGAAGAAGGCAUCGCAGCCGUCGGCCACGACCACCCACACGGCCGCCCCGACGCAACCAUCCCCAUCGAUGCCAGUCGAAGGACCUGCUUCCAUCACAGAUGCUCCUAGCACCCUGCAAAAGUGGAAUCGAUGGCUAACAGACCACUACAACUCGAACGUGAAGCAUGGUUCGCAUUAUGCAAUCAUUGGCGGUGGGCGAAGGGGACUCCACGUGCCAAAUCCACUCGUGGCGCUCUGGCAGCGAGAGGAUCCGCAUGCGCCGGACAUGGUCGACCCCCGUGGUCUCGUUGCGUUGGAGGAAGUUGUCCAGACCCCAAAGAUGAUGCGGUAUUAUGCAUCGUGGCUGCCCAACGAAGCCGACAAGUGCAAGCUUUUCUUUUUGUGCAGCUUGGACGAAUACCGCUUAUUCUGGCGAACGCUGACCACCCAAUCCCGCGACGCGAUGGCCACCCGUCUCUCGGACGAGAAUCGCAGCCGCCUGCAAACGUACGGUCGCAAAAUCUUUGCCAAGUACUUGGUCGCUGGCGACUCGCCAUUCUUCAUCGGCGACGAGGAUGCUGUCGACGUGGCGCAGGUCGAGACGGCGAUAUCCACAGGCGGCGAGGGGGCGCUCCAUGCAUUCGACCGGAUCUCUCGGCUCGUCAAGCAGCACCUGAUCACGUCGUACCCGGCGUUCCGCGCCACCGACUUGUACCGCGACAUGCUGACGUCGUGUCGCCGCGAGUUGCUCCCGUUGGAUUGCGUGUUGCUCAACCGGUUGCUGUGCAACUUUUUCUGGCUGUUUCUGUUCCAGCAUCAAUACCACAACGAACUCGCGUUGUACAUUGACGUCCAGUACGAAUUCAAGUUUUUGUAUCGCGCGAUCGACCAAGACGUUGCCGGGGACCAUCGUCCUCCCUUGGCGCCGCCCGAUUGUGUCCGCAGCAAAGGCGCCGCCGCGCUGCAAUACCUCCGACGACGAUACUUCCACGACACCAGCGACCAGGACCAGCAUGCUCUCGACACCGACGACCUCACGGCAGCCCAUGCCACACUCCACCACAAACAAGAGCAAAUUGUCCAAAAGCUGCAGGACAUGCACUCGGAGCUGUACUUUCGCUUCAUCGCGAGCCACGCGUAUGCCGAGUUUGUCCUGUACGCACACGAUCAAGACUCGACCCGUCGACUGUCGGAGCUCAUGCUGCUCUACGGCCUUCGCGCGCACGUGUCACCUGGCGGUCGCCCCGACCCACCUCCUUUGGACGCGCUGCCUGCUGAGUGGAUUGAAGCGAUAGUUCACUUUGAAAGUGUCCCGUCGUCGCCGGCGAAGUACGAACUCAAGUCGACACCGCAUUUUGGCGCGGCCAAGCUCGAUGGCGGUGGCAUCGAUGCUUUCCUCGUGCCAUGGUGCGCAACAAAUUCUUUGCUCGUAGCUGCAAAUGGAGUACCGCGACGUCAUGUUCUCUCGUGUAGGUGCAAGAAUGCCCACAAUGAGUGCCGCAUUAAGAGCUUGACGUGUCCAACGCCAUUUGCCUUCAACACGCACAUGCUCAUGGGAGACAUCGAGCUGUUUGCGGCAGUCCUGACACUCUUUCGGCCCCACUGGGACGACCCAACUUCCUUCUUGCCCUAUGGUGUGGCAAUCUACUCGCGGUAUCCUCUGCACACGACGCUGCGCCAACGACUCAGUGAAGUGUUUGAAAAGUGCAUCUCCGGGUUCGCGUCGAGCAUGAUCGCGACGUUGUCGGCGCCGCUUCGCGUGACAUUUCCCCGCUUGCUUUCGUUGCCGUGCAUCGACUUUUCUCUCGCGCUCCUGUUUGACACGCUCGACUUGACCAACAUCGUCACGCUUUUCACGGCGGCGCUCGUCGAGUGCCGCAUCCUCCUCAUCUCGUCGCAGUUUACAGUGCUCGCCGUCGUCGCCGAGACGCUCCGGACGAUUCUGCAUCCGCUCAAGUGGCCACACGUCUACGUGCCUGUCCUCCCCGGCCACAUGCUCGGCUACUUGCAAUGCCCCACGCCAUUCAUUUUUGGAGUCCAAAAGGACCUCCUCAACGCCGAGCUGCUCAGUGAGCUCGGAGACGAAGUCGUGUGCGUUGACCUGGAUACGAGUAUGGUUGUCCAAGGGGAAUUGCCCGUGGACCUCCCGACUCCUGUCUGGAAAAAGCUCCAUGCGACACUGCGGCAAUGUUUAAAGUUGCACGUGACAAAGAGCGAUCACGUGUUUGGCCAUUCGUUUGAGCGCGAAGCCCGCGUCUUCCCCGACGACCGCAUCCGCCUCGCCUUUCACGACGCUGUGAAAUCCAUCAUUGGCACCGGCCAACGCAUGCACAUCUCGCCUAGUGCGAACGGCGGGGGCGCGGAAGGUGUCGUCGACGAUGUGCACUUUGGUCGGUUCCGGUACCUCUGGGACGACCAGCACCAAGACAAGUUGGUGUUUUUCGACGAAGCGGGGUACUUGGCGUCAUCGCCGCUCUCGAUGCGUCCAUUUCGAACGUGUUUGAUUGCGACGCAGGCGUUCUCCGAAUACCUGGUUGGCCACAACGGCUUUACGGACGACGACCCGUCCUCGACGGACAACCCGGAGGCCGGUGCUUAGAACCAACCCUUCCUAUUUAAGACGAACGAUGUGUCGCGGUGCUCGCUCUGUCCGGAACGAAUCGCUCGAGACGACACAAGAUCUAGCUAAAGCAACAGCUCAUGGUUGCAAGGCCAGCUCGGACGUUGGGCCACCAGGCUUCUCGCCACAGUGGUUGGCAAUGGGGACCGCCCCAUCCAGUCCAUGUUGCUUGGCAGGUCGGUGCGUUCCAGCGAUGGCGUGCAUGUCGGCGAUCGCGACCACUGGAAUUGGCUUGAGUUGAAGGUCCCAUGGAAAGUCGCGGAAGGUGCCUUUCCGCGCGAACACCGCCGCGUUGGCCUGGCGACUUUGGGUCACGAUCGAAUCCGCACAGUCCAAUGCGUCGAGACGUACCGGUCCACGGCAGUAGAUGGAAUGUUUUCGGGUCGACGUGUAUGCCAAGAGAGCCUCGAGCUCGACCACCCGGUCGGCUUUGCGUUGAUACUUGGCUCGCAUGUGAUACAAUGCCUACACGCAACCUCUAUCGCAACAAAGUCGUGUGCCGCAAUG